AUGGCCGCGACAGGCGCGGACGUCGCCGCCGAUGACGACGACGACACGUUGCCCCUUCCACACAUACCGUCCGUCAUUUCGUUGGGUUCACUUCCGCCUCAGAUUGAUGGACCUGUGUCUGGAUACGUUCGUUUGACGGUUCAUUUGCACGUCGAGAAUGACGACGUUGAAGGGCAUCGCGAAUGGCUCGUCCGAGUGCGAUGGUGGGGAUCGAUGACAACCGUAGGGAAAGGCGACCUGCUGCGUGAAAACCAACAACUUUGCUUUCCAGUCCAUGUCGCCCGGGACGUGUUUCGACGGUACCUUGACGACAUGACCCAGCUUCGGUUUGAUGUCGUGGACAAAGUCACCCAUCGCGUGUAUGGACAGUCUGCCAUCCCGAUACGAUUGGACGACUUGGAAGCAGUUGGAGGAUGUCAAAGAGAUAUUGAAAUCGUGAAGCGAGGAGGCCGCAACAACAUUGGAGGUGUGCUGUCAUUGCACGCGACCUUGCUAUGGGGUGGUGAUGCGAGUUCCGAGCUACCACCGCAUGACGGCAUGACGACUGCGCCUCAAUUUCAACUGCAGCAGCCUCAUGCGUCCCCAAGACGAGUGGAAGGUGCCGUCCGGGUGUGGAAGAACAAGGACUUUCCGCAAAGCAGUUUUCUCGCACAGGUGCCCCUUCUCGAGUUGAAUGAGUCGACCCCCUCGACGACAUGGAACACAUCACUUGGUCCACAUGCAAGUGAUGUCACGUCGCUGUUGCACAAAGGCGAGGCCCUUCGACGAGCCAUGCAACGUGCGAUGGACGAACCCCACGACCGGGCCAUCGACAUUCCCACCAUCUUGGCGUCGGCGAAAAGCUUUGGACCAGUUGAUUUGGAUCGUACAGUAACGUCAUGGCCAGUACAGACGAUGAACAUGUCUCCAGUGUACACGCGGGAGCUUCCCACCGCUGGACAUCGACGCCUUCCUAACCCCCCACUUGUGGCCCCGCAUGCAAACGACACUGCCACCCCACUUGAAAUGCUCUUGCGUGUCGAUUGGUUGCAUGAUAUUCGUGUACAAGCCUCCUCCUCCGAUGCCCAGCAACAAGAUCCUAUGCGCGUAUACGUGACCCACAAAGCGUUAGUUCCUCCCUGCACGCCGUUCACGAGCGAGUCGAAACGAAUACCCCAUGCAUCGUUGCCCACGACGAUCGCCUUGGGCUACAAAACAGUUCUGCCUUGCGGUGUAUUGAACCAGGCACUGAUCCAUUUAUUCGACGCCCACCAACUCGUGGUAGAAGUUUGGACCACGACAAGUGCAAGGGAUGCGCAAUUGCUGGGCUUGGGCAAACUCUCGUUGAAAGCAUUUGCGCAUGCUGUCAAGAACAAGGCGGCAGGUGUUGACCGUCGGACACUUCAACGCAGCCCAUGCAUUGGCAUGACACAUGACUGUAUCAAAAUCAAAAACCCAUUCACGGGGGCUGCAGUUGGCUCCAUAACGUGCACGCGAGCGUUGGGUACCCGAGACCAGAUCCAUGGGUUCCAAACAGAACUAGCUGCCGUCCAUUCAAUUCAAGCGUGGUGGCGCGGCCGCCAUGUGUUUCGACGACAUCGUUCCCAACUGACCCCUUCUCCGCAAGCGACCCUUCCUGCACCUGAUUCAGUUACUGUGGCAACACAUGAUCCUUCCCCCUCCUCCUUCCCCGACGACGACUCGAACCAUAAAUUUGAAUUGGCACGUCCAGCCAGCACCAUCGACAAUUCCAACGUCAUGCAACCAUCAGAUGAACACGAGGACGGGAAGACAGUACAGCAGCACGUGUCCGCCGUGAUCAAGAUCCAACGAGCGUAUCGAAGGUGGAGGGAUAUGGCGACCAUGGCUCACGCGUUCUUGGAUUGGACUACCGACGAAGAAAACCACAUGUCCACCGAGGACACGCCGUCAUUUGACAUUGAUUUGGAUACGAUUCAGCUCUUGAACGACCCAGCGCCGCCACGGUUGGAACAAGCAUCACCAAGCAAAGGGCGCGACGUCCUACCGUCCCCCUUGGCCGAUCCGCAUCACCAAAACACACCAACUGGUGACAAACUGUCGUGGCGAUUGGUGUUGGAACUCGCCGAGCCUUGUCCAGUCCUUCGUGGGAUUGAAGUCACGUACCUCUUUCAAGACACCACGUCGUCGCUGUGGUGGGACAGUCAUAGCACAGCGCUGAGCUCUCUGAACGAACACGAGUACAUCGACGAAGGACUCGACCUUUUGAUUGAGUUUGCAUUGUGGGGGUCUGGUCAGAGUACCAAUCCCAUCGGCCAUGCCUCGUUGAACGUGUCCACGUUGACAAAAUCGAAGCAGGAAGUUGUGCAGCUUCCAAUCACAUGGACCGAACCGCCGCUGCAUCCUCUUCUCCCCCACUUCUCGGACAAGAUCGCGUCGCUACCCCUUCGUGUCCAGUGUGCCAUACACCAGAAAUCGUCGCUAGCUGUGUAUAAUCCCAAGACAUCGAACUCCGUCGCUACGUCCGUCGUCUCGUCCACCACCCUUCUCCCAGCCACAGCUACCAUCUGUGUGCAGAUUACGUCCAUAGACAUGCUCGGCGCGGUGUCCGUCGUGGGGUGGCACGUGUUUUUCAGAUGCGUCGUGCCUGUGGGUGUCCGUGUGCAUCCGAAAGCGACGGGAUCCACAGAGUACGACACGGCGCAGGGUCAGUUCCUUUCGAUCCAAACGUCCCCUACGAUCCUCUUGACGUGUGGCAAAGUGCACGUUGAGUUUGAGCAUCAUGUGGUGAUCCACCCCGAGCUGUUGGAGGCCAUGCAAGAGCAAGCCAAGGAUGGAGGCGCGGUCGUUCACUUGUACCGGCACGUGAUGGACAUGGAGAUUCUGAUGGGCACAGUGUCGAUUCCGCUGGCGGCGUUGCUCUACCGCCGCCAAGGCAUACGUGGCGCGUUUGCAUUUGAUCAACGAGACGAAGUGCACUGUGGUCGACUGGGCGUUGCAGUACAUUUCCUUCAUCGUCGCGUCGAAUCCGACCCCCCUGGCGCCAUGUCUAUCCUUCGACAACCAACAAUUGACCCGCCACUGAAGUGCUUUUCAGACCAAGAUCCAAGUCGUUCCAUCCACGACAUUGACUUUCUCUUGGACGAGAACGUCACCCAUGACGACGACGUGGUGGCCCCCAUGGACACGGAGGAUACAAACCACGCUCGUGGACAUGAACAACCUUUGAUGAUCGUUGUGAUUGAAGAAGCAAGGAACUUGCAUCAUGAAGUAUCCGCGCGACCUCACACUUAUACUUCGUUUCAAUGGGGAACGACACACUACGAAACCCCUGCGGUCGAGGCUUCGUGCAAUCCCACUUGGAUGCAUGAAAUCCGACUGGAGGCUGCCGACCGGCCCAGUUCCAAAGUCGCCAUGCACGUGUGGGAUCAAAGAAAGCCCUUGCUGCCUCCCCUGUGGAUCGGCCAAGCAACGAUCGACUUGACGCUGUUGCAAUGGACACAUGAAAUAUGCGGCUGGUACCACAUCACAGACGCCACCGACAGAUCCAAGGGCCAACUAAAAGUGCGGUUCAAUAUGGUACGAGGCCCUCGUCCAGAGGCAGGCAUAGCUUUCGAUCGUCCUCGAGUUGGAGCCCCGAUUGACCAUGAAGGGGGAGACGAGGCACUUACAAAUGCGUUGCAGUUGAUGGUCAACAGUGUCACUGCGAUGGACAUGUCGCGAACCCACCACGAUCGCUUGAACCAAGCAGCUGCGUCCGAAGCAGCAGUCCGCGAGAUAUCGGCUAACGGGCGAUCCUGCACCAUGAGCAGUUGUUCGACGGCGGAAUUUGACCAAACGGUGUCAAGGGACCACCAGUGCUCGACCUCAACGAGCGACGACGUGUGUUUGGUCCCGAGUCUAAUUCUCGAAGGCAACGACGGGCACGACGACACUUCCAUGGUGUCACACCACGUGGACCUCGACGAUCCGACACGACACUUUGGCCAACUAAGUGCUUGGAACGAUGACGAACUUCUCGAUAUGAAUGCAUUGGAGAUCCACGGGUCGGACCAGUCAGACUCUGGCGAAGCAGGUCAAACGCCCCAACGGCUAACGACGCAAUACUCGGACGACGACAUCAGUUGUGGCGAAGGACAUGACGAGCCAUGGACUGCCAUUAUUGAGCGAGCCGCCGCCACUACCACCACGGCAGUCGAUUCACAUCCUAAUCCAAGCGAGCCCAUGCAACAACAACAUGAUGCUGCUGCACCGUCAUCUCCCAAUGCUUCGGAGCCCAAGAUUGAAUCAUUCCCAACAGCCGCGUCACCUCCUCCAAAAGGUGUCGUGGGGACGCUCGAGUCCCAUCAUUCAUCGCGUGGGAGCUUCGAUGCCGCAUCGGUUGAUGACACAGACGACGAUUUGGACUUGAACGAGCUGAACAUUCAUAGCCCACCACCCAUCGGUCGUGAUGAACUUGCACUUGCCGACGUAGAGAACACUCAACGCUCCCAAGGCAGUUCCAAGAUGGACAUCCAUGAAUUGGAAGAUUCAAAUGGUGUUCUUCUACCUACGUUGCCCGCACCUAUUGAACCAACGUCACCCAUCGACCACCCCUCCGUCCUUCAUCAAGUGCUCGAUGCCAUGGAAGGACUGCAGGCCCAGAUUUCAAUGUUGGUGCGAAAGAACGAAGAAUUGGCGCUCAAAGUAGCAGAGAUCCCCCAACUGGUCGCCGACUCCUGCAGUGAUCGCCUGUCCGCGUCGCACAUGUCGACAACUUCAUUGAUGGGGGAAGGCUUUGGAACCACUCACGACAAGAAUUCCAGCGACGCGACCAACCAGCCCCACGACACUGCCUUCCGCGAAUCCUCCACCGGCUCACAUGGUACCAACGUCGACCCCCCCGAUGCCCCUCUACCAUCGCCCCCUACUGUCGUCGAGAUGCCAAGCCGUCCGGUUGAUCAAAUGUCCACAUCGAGUCAAACUAUCGAUCCUGAACCCCCCUGCCCAAUGGUAGUAUCUCCCACCCUAAUACCCCGCCGUACCGCUACAUCUUUCGAAGAGACCCCCCCAAAUGCGUAUUCAACCCCAACCGAUGGAGUCGCCACCACGGUUGAGCAUGUUCCAAGGAGGCCCGCCCCACAAUAUCCCGACGGUGCAUCGCCAGUGACACACGACUGGUCCACGGUCUCGUCGCUGUCACAUGCCGCCAUUACCGCCUCGAUCUCGCAUGAAUCACCGAGCGACGACAAGAAAUCUACUUCACAUGGCCAUUGGACAGCUGCCCAAGCCACGAUCCACCGCCUCCCGCCUGCGUUUCGACUGUCGAAUCGAGUGGAUGGCGGUGGUGACGACCCCCACAUUAUGCCGCCUGCACGGACGUUGUUUGACUCGGAGACGGAGCGAAUAGCCAAAAUCAUGUGCGGAAACUUGCAGCAUUGGAUCGAGCACGAAUCAUCGUCCAGCGACGAAGAGGAGUAACACUAAGGACGAUAUUAUUAUUGACAAGCAUAAAUCGACGAAUUAAACACCGCGUCGUAUUGGGCUCUCGAUGUCUCGUCGCUGAGAAUCGAGUACGCUAUGGCGAUGCCUUUGAAUUGGUCGGCGGCAUCGACAUGCUGG